GUAAUAGUAAUUUUUUUUUCUUUUUGCUUUUCACACCUGUCAAAGCACACCCAUAUAAGCAUCAACAAGUGACAGAUUCUUCCAUUCUGCAUAAUGGUGGAUUUGCAACUCGCGUCGUCGAUUACCGGCUAUAUGUCCAUUCUAUGCUGGAUUAUCGUCUUCAUUCCACAACUCGUCGAGAAUUAUCGGCUCAAAAGCGGAAAAGGGUUAUCCAAGAGCUUUCUUGUCAUUUGGCUUGCAGGCGACUUUUUCAAUCUCAUGGGAAUCAUUGCCGAAGAUCUGCUGCUCACCAUGUUUCUGCUAGCACUUUGGUACACGGUGGCCGAUAUUGGCCUCAUUUGGCAAGUCUACUAUUACGAACGUCGUUCCGAUAGCCGUGGAAAAGCCAAUCGUCGUAGAGCAUCGGGAUAUAACGAUGAGGAUGCUGAUGAUGUUCAAUUAUUGGUGGGCCACCGUCGCAUGAGCAGUGAAGCGGACGCUCUGAUAGAGGAUUGGUUACCCGAGGACCGGUCAAAGUCUUGGACAUCGAUGGAUUGGAUCGGCCUGAGUUCAAUCAUUCUCACGACGGUGUUAUCAUGCUAUCUGUACUUUGCGAAUCAUCAUCAACAUGGAUCCGACGGAUCAAACAAUGGUGACGAGACCUGGGCGGUGAUACCGCAAUUAUUGGGAUGGACUAGUGCUAUCCUGUACAUCGGCAGUAGAAUUCCUCAAAUCGUAAAAAACCAUCGUCGCCAGAGUACAGAAGGGUUAACUUCUGGUAUGCUUAUUUGUGCCGUCCUUGGCAACGUCCUCUUCACCAUGUCUAUUUUCCUACGAUCGACCGAAACAAGCUAUAUCCUGAAAAACCUGGCGUGGAUUGCUGGAAGUAUAGGCACUCUGGUUUUUGACUUUACGAUUUUCCUUCAAUUCUUUUUAUAUAAUGCUUUCCGAAAAUCCAAACGUCAAGCAGACUAAUUGUGUAAUAUAAAUGUUUAUAAGG